UAAGCGGAAAGGAAGAGGAAGCGGUGCUAACUUCUGACACGAGCCUGCCGACAUUAUCAUCCUGCGUUUCGACAGUUUCUCUGCAGCUUUUGUAACAGCGUAUUUUGGAUAUACCAGUCAUCAUUUGGCAAAUACAUCCAACAGUCACCACGGGGACUGAUAAUCGGGUAACAACAACACAAGAUGGCAAACAUGCUUCGAGGGAUUCAGGAGAUGGGCUCGCAUGCCAUGGAUAUCUAUGACUUCCUCCUGGCGGGAAUUGAUCAACGGCUGAUUGAGUAUCCACUGAUGCAGAGUCCUAUUUCCAUGUCUGUAAUUUUGCUGUGCUACCUGUUAUUUGUACUGUACCUGGGACCUCGAAUAAUGGCCAAUCGCAAACCCUUCCAGCUGAAAGAAGCCAUGAUAGUCUACAACUUCACGCUAGUCGCACUGUCGAUAUUCAUCGUCUAUGAAUUCUUGAUGUCUGGUUGGGCCACAACGUAUACCUGGCGAUGUGACGCAGUUGAUACGUCUGACAGUCCUCAAGCCCUACGAAUGGUACGAGUGGCCUGGUUGUUCUGGUUCUCCAAGAUUGUUGAGCUCAUGGACACAGUCUUCUUUGUUUUGAGAAAAAAGCACGGCCAGAUCACCUUCCUACACAUCUUCCACCACUCCUUCAUGCCCUGGACCUGGUGGUGGGGAGUUUCUUAUGCUCCUGGUGGAAUGGGAUCUUUCCAUGCCAUGGUGAACUCUUCCGUCCAUGUCAUCAUGUAUUUCUACUACGGCCUUGCUGCUGCUGGACCACGCUUCCAGAAGUUUUUGUGGUGGAAGAAAUACAUGACUGCCAUCCAGCUGACCCAGUUUGUCCUGGUAUCUCUCCAUGCCACCCAGUAUUACUUCAUGGACAGCUGUGACUACCAGUUCCCCAUGAUCCUACACCUCAUCUGGAUGUACGGAACCUUCUUCUUUGUGCUCUUCUCUAACUUCUGGAUCCAAGCUUACGUGAAGGGUAAGAGGUUGCCGAAACAGGACAAUAAGCAGUGUCAGAACGGCACAGCUGUCUACACCAAUGGCAAACACCACGAGAACGGCAACAGCAUCAACCACGGAGCCACCAACGGCACCAGCAAUGGUUCUACUCGCCACGAGAACGGCAGCACUCACUUGGGCAAGAUGAAGAAAGCCUAGGAUCUCUGGAAGAAAACACCCAAGAAGUAUGACCCAGUGAAUUUGGUGAAACAACUACGGAUUCCAAAGAUCAUUUUGGCUGUGUUUCUUUUCCUGUUUUUAGUUUUAUAUGCAAAACAUGGGGAAAUGACAUGGUCAGUGAUUUCCACAGUUGGGGUUCCACAUUCGGUUGGUUUGUUCGUUAUUUUCUUUGAGUUGGUAAAACAUUUAUGGAACACAAUAUAUGAAGAGAAGAUGUUUUUACCUGAAUGUUAUCUUCACUGAUGUUGCAGCAACCUCCUAGUUCAGUUUCACACCCUUGCUUUCACCCUACUUGCCUUCGCUGCUUAUCUGACACCCAUGUUCUCCUGACCCCUCCUGUGGACAGACGACUGUACAGUUUCUAUCAAACUUGAAAAUACUUUUUGUAAAUAGUUUUACAACACCAAAAAAAAAACAACUAAUUGUAUUGGUAUGCUUUAGACUUUCUAAAUUUUGUUACAUUGUGUAUUUAAAAUUUAAAUGCCAAUAAAUUCCAUUUCAAAUGAUCCUA